AUGACAGUGGUACGCAAGUUGUGUAGUCUGCUGACGGCGUUGUGCCUGUUGGAGGGCGGGGUGUUCGCCGCAGAGGAUGUGAAGCCCAAGCAAGUAAUCGUCACGUAUACAAACGCAAACGGGUUUAAGAGUGAACUGAAGAAUUUCCAGUAUAUCUUCCUUAACGAAAAUGACGACAGCUAUUAUGUGAAGAGUUCAGAAAUAGGAGAACUGGAAAUUGGAGACAACAUAUAUUUUUACAAAAGUUUUACCAAAGUGAUAAACUACUUUAAGUAUCGCAUUCCCACGAAUAUACACUUCGUGUUUGGAUACAAUGACGGUGACUUGAUUUUAUUGAAGAAUAACAAGAAGGGGGUUAUUUGCAAAAUAAAUAAUCUGUUUUAUAGUGAGUCUGGGAUAAAGUACAUGGAUAGGAAGAAUGAGUUGUACGUGAAGAACGAUCCUUUUUAUAUAAAAAAGUUUAAUAAUUAUGGCUUUGACGACGACGAUGAAGAGGACGAGGUGGAUGAGCAGUUUGAUGAUGCAGGACACAUGGGCUACAAUCGGAGACUGGACGAUAAUGACGAUUACGAGGAUUACGACGAUGAGUUUGUGAAGCGUGCCGCAAUAUGUAGCGUUACCGGUGCGAACUCCACGUUCAUGCCCCGGAAAUUUCUGUGCUAUCCCUCCAGACGGAACAACAACGAGUUAAAGGCGAUUUUUCUGAAAGAUGAGGAGUACAACAAGCAGUUUCAGUUAAGCUUGACCUACAUGAACAAGGAUAACGAUAUUCUGUUGAAGAAAAUAGCUAGCUAUUUCAACAUGCUAUUGAAGUUAGAUUUUGAUAAAAUAAAUAUAGCCUACUACAUAUACAACAAAACCAUAGCGUGCAAUUUUAAGUACCACAUGCAGAAAGUUUUGAAGAAAAAAGGGAAGAAGCAACUCGAGGAUAAGUACCUUACUUACAAUGAUGAACAGGUGAGAUCUAACAAUGAUUUCCUUUACAACACUACCCCUCAUUAUAAGGACCAUUUAGGAGACAAUAACAUAUUGUGGAAACACUCAAACAAAAAUGUUACUGAAACAUCUUCUGAGAAAUGUCACAAGGUUUUUUUUAAUGAGAACGAAUUUAACAACUGUUAUAAAAAUGAUAAUUACGUUUACGAAAUGUCUCUGUUCAAGGAUAACUCCAUCAAGAAGAUUAAAAAAGCACAGGUGAAAAAUCUAUCUUCCCUUGGUAGGUACAUAGCUAUGUACUACCAUGGAAAUGACUAUGUGUCUAUUUUGAAAGAUUUUACCACCUAUGUUUAUUUCAGAAUUAAGAACCUGUUAGAUUUGGUCUUGUUUGAAGACGAAGAGAACGAAGUUGGGUUCUACUACAUAUCCUUUGAUAAGGGAAAACAGCUAGUCCACCUCUUUAGGUGUGGACUGAAUUCAUACCAGCUGAACUGCAGAGAAAUAUCCUUCAUUCCAUAUGAACACGUUUAUUCAGAUGUUGAACCAAAGGUGUACUUGUCUACUGUCCAAAGUGAUGAUCUAAGUACCGUUUUUAUCAGUACCAAGACGAAGCUUUGGAAAUUGUACAAAGAUAAGGAUGGAAGUUACAACAGGAAAAUUAUGGACUCAGUUAAAAACGGUAGUGAGGAGUACUUUGGGCAUAUUAACUGCUACAUUGUGCAGACCACAUACGAAUGGAAGUUGCUUUACAAGUAUUUGAAGAAUAUCACAAAUGUUGAGGAGAACAUCGUCGCUUGCUCGUACUUUAAGCAUUUCACCGAUUCUGAAAACUCCUUGCUGAUCUCCUUCAUCGAGAACAGGCACUUCAUUCAGCGUACGUACCAUGUCGUUCGAAACAAGGAUUUCAUCAUUUCUAGCGGCAAAACUAAGCUCACCAUACAGGUCAAUGAGCUCUUCGAUAUACUCAUGCUCUUUUUCAUAAUUCUCUGCGUUAUCAUCAGUGUCUACACCAUAGUGCGAAUUCUGUUUACCAACAAAACGAAGGUGGGAAAAAUGAAGCACCACUUCUUUGAUGACACGAAGAAUAGCUUCGCUUCGACGGUUGACUAA